AUGUUAAGUAAAAGUGAAUCCCAUACUUCAUGGCAGGAAUCAGUGAUUAGCUCGACCUGGCUGACUUACAUAUUAGAAGAAUGGACUGGUGUGGAGUACCACUAUUUAUACUAUAUCGGCUUCAUCUUGUGUGUGUUAAACAUAAUAUUCUUUGCACCUUUUUUAAUUUUCAUGAGUGGUACUUGCUUUAUAAAUCUUCUCCUGCACAUUUACAAGAGAAAGAAUGGCCUAGAUGAGGAUUUCUCCAAUAAGUCAUGGGACAAUGGAAAGUUAAUGGUGGCAUCCAUACUUAGUAUGUGUGGAAAACUGUGGCACGGUUAUGAGCUUCAUGGUAUUGAAAAAAUUCCGGAAGGACCAGGGCUUAUAGUUUAUUACCAUGGAGCCAUUCCUCUAGACUACUGCUACUUUAUCAGUAAUCUUUAUAUACAGACGGGAAGACUUUGUUACUCAGCAGUUGAUCGCUUCUUUGCUAAGUUACCAGGAAUAGAACUGCUUUUUAACCUGUUCCCUGCAUGGCAUAGUGGAAGAGACGAAAGUGUUGAAAUUCUGAAGAAAGGCAACUUAUUGGGUGUCGCACCAGGUGGAGGUCGAGAAGCAUUCUUUAGUGAUGAAAACUACAACCUCCUGUGGGGUAAUCGCAAAGGCUUUGCUCAAGUGGCCAUAGAUGCAAAAGUGCCCAUCAUCCCUUUGUUUACACAGAAUAUUCGGGAAGGAUAUAGGACAUUUGGAAAAAUAGGGUUUUUUAGGUGGUUCUAUGAACAUUCUCGAUUGCUACUCAUUCCUGGAUAUGGAGGGUUCCCAGUCAAACUUCGCACAUAUGUUGGAGAUCCCAUUCCAUAUGAUCCAAAUAUAACAGCUACGGAACUAGUUGAAAAGACAAAGAUUGCCAUUGAAACGCUAAGAGACAGACACCAAAAACUACCAGGAAGUAUACUAAGAGCUCUGUUGGAACGAUUUGAUAAACAUCAGAAAGAAGACUAG